UUCUCGCGGGCUCUGCUCUGCCGCCGCGGCGACCGCCAUUGGAGGCCCGGGUGGCGAUAGCUCUGAACCUGCCGAGUCAAGAAGGCGUCGCUGGGAAGGACGGACACGAGGAGGACGGAGAUGGGGAGAUCCGCGUUGUGUUUCAGUUUCUGGUUUUCGUAACCAUAUUUGAGACCCAAUGGUCAAGUGUAUCUGGCAUAUACUGCAAGGACAUGGCAUCGACGGUGUAUCGACCUCAUAGUGUCACGCUUACCGAAUUCGGUGCCGUUGGAGAUGGCAAGACUCUUAAUACAAAAUCAUUCCAAAAUGCCAUAUUCUACCUCAAUUCGUUCGCGGACAAGGGUGGCGCACAGCUUUUUGUGCCUGCUGGAAGGUGGCUAACCGGGGGGUUUAAUCUAAUCAGCCAUCUAACUUUGUCACUAGACAAAGAUGCAGUAAUUAUUGGAUCCCCGGACUCAUCCGAUUGGCCACUUAUGGAUCCUCUCCCUUCCUAUGGGCGUGGUAGAGAGCUUCCUGGAAAAAGACAUCAAAGUCUAAUAUUUGGAUGGAAUCUGACCGAUGUAAUAAUUACUGGCGCUAAUGGUACGAUUGAUGGUCAAGGAGUUGUUUGGUGGGAUUGGUUUCAUAACCACAAGCUAAACUAUACAAGGCCGCAUCUUAUCGAGUUGAUGUACUCCACCAAUGUUGUUAUAUCAAAUCUGACAUUCAAGAAUUCCCCAUUUUGGAAUAUCCAUCCUGUGUAUUGCAGCCAAGUGCUUGUCGAGCAUGUCACGAUCCUAGCUCCUUUGGAUUCACCAAACACCGAUGGUAUUAAUCCAGAUUCAUCCACAAAUGUUUGCAUCAAUCAUUGUUAUGUCAGAAAUGGAGGCGAUGUUACUGCCAUCAAAAGUGGUUGGGAUCAGUAUGGAAUUACUUUUGCUCGUCCCAGCUCCAAUAUCAGCAUCAGCAACAUCACCGGAGAGACAAGAGGUGGUGCAGGAAUUGCCAUUGGAAGCGAGAUGUCAGGUGGUAUAUCCGAAGUCCGAGCUGAGGGCGUCCGCAUUGUGAACUCAUUGCAUGGGAUCAGAGUCAAGACCGCUCCGGGACGUGGAGGGUAUGUGACGAACGUGUAUGUAGCUGAUGUGAGCAUGCACAAUGUUUCGAUGGCCAUCAGGAUCACAGGGAACUAUGGCGAGCAUCCUGAUAACAACUAUGACAGGAAUGCUCUCCCUGUGAUAAGCAAUAUCACUAUAGAGAACGUCGUUGGCGCUAGUGUUGGUGUUGCUGGCAUCUUGGAGGGCAUUCAGGGCGACAACUUCAGUAGCAUUUGCAUCUCCAAUGUUUCACUCAGCGUACAAUCCAGACAUCCAUGGAGUUGUUCGCUUAUCGAAGGUUAUUCAAACUAUGUGACCCCAGAGUCGUGCGAGCAACUCAGUUCAAAUUCUGGUCAGACACCAGUCUGCUAUAGUGGUGUUAGUUUCUCACCAAGUCAAAUACGCGCACACCCACAUAGGAACAUCGCCGGUGGCUUGGUAGAUUUUGUACUUCAUUUGGCCUCAAAUAUAGUGUAGCUACACUGCGUCCAGUUAGCCAUGUACAUCUUAUUCUUCUGAUCCGUUUUGCUUAGCAUGCAGUUUUUUUGUAUAUAUCUUUGCUGAUAAGUGUUAAUGAAUCUG